AUGAACGGUACGUUUUACGAGCAGCUAGGGGGUGUGGCCGGGAUUUUUGAGCAAUGGGGUACUUGUGAACGGACUGUGGUGGCGUGUGCACUGGCGCGUCGGGUACCUUGGCCAGGCUUAAAACUUGUUCAAAGAGCUGUGGAGGCUGCACUACAAAACCAUGUAGAAGACGAACGCCUGGAGAGAGAUGCAAAUGACGAGACGCUGCUUGCCAGCUUACUGACUCCAAGGACUGACGAUGAUGACGACGAAGGUUGUGAAAGGUUGCGUCAGCUAUUGACACUUCUCCCACUUCUAAGAAACGACAAUGAGCGUGCUAAGAGUGUGUAUGUUAAUGCAGCACCAGUGCUGGUUCAGCGUUGUGUGGAUGCACCAAGACGGAACUCUGCCACCCCAGAACUUUGUCGACAGCUUUUGUCAUACUUGCUGGUGCAUCCGGCUCUUAUGCAUCAUGAGCAAAGGACACUAACACAGUGGUUACGCUACUUAGAAAAUCACAUCUCGGGCAACAGAAACACUGAAUCCGUUUGGCAGCAACGGAUAGAUCCUUGUUUGUUACCCGAAACAAAUAUAUGGGGCACUAAUAACGCUUUCAGACGGACUAUCGGCAAGAACGUCGAAUUUAGAGGCAUUUUAGAUUCAACUGACCAUAUGUCAUACACUGAUCUUUUACAAGAAUCUUUCUCCAAGAAUGGCAGAGAUGUGGAUAUAAGUUUAGAUGGUGAAAUGGUUAAUUUUGACGCUGCAAUUUCACAGCCCAAGGCCAGGUCGAAUAGCCUAACACCUCCCUCAUCGAAUUUCAUGCACAUGUCAUCAUCUGCAGAGAACUUAAGUGAUGAACCAUUUGUCCAGAAACCUAGAAGUUUUUCACUAUCCAGCGAGCACAGCUUAAGUCAAAUUAGGCCAAUUAGCAUAAUGUAUGGUACAACGGGCAGUGAGACUAGAUUAGAUGACCUCAGGUCGAAUAACUUUGCAGAACAUCCCGGCAUGUCAACGGUCGCUCAGUGGCUGAAAAGUUUAAGGCUUCACAAAUAUGUUUGGCUUUUCACAAACAUAAGUUAUGAGCAAAUGAUGGCCAUAGAUGAAAAGUAUCUUGAGAAAUUAGGCGUGACGAAGGGCGCUCGGCACAAGAUUCUGGUGUCCAUCCGCAAGCUGGGCGAGCGCAGCGCGAUGCUGGAGGCUGUACGCACGGAGCUAGCUGACCUGCCACCAGCCAUCGUUGCUGCACUUGAACUCGCGUCAAAGUGUUUGACCAACGCCACUGCGAGCGGGACAGCAGACAACGAGCCUGAUCAUGUGGACCCCAUGUCGUUGCAUUGCUGGCUUAUUGAGAAGGCGUUGCACCACGAAUCAUUUCGAGGUGCGGAGCUGCAGGCAGCCUUACGAAGGCUCCGGCACCGUCUGCCGCCACGACAGUUCUUCCAGCACGUGGGCGAGCUACCGCUGCAGCACCGGCACAGCCACAAGCCCAGGUGGCGGUCAAUGGGCACGUACCCGCGGGCGGACGGGCGGCGCAGCUGGGCUCCGCCGCCGCGCGGCAAGUCGCACUCGUACCCGCCGAGCGCGGGCGCCUGGCCGCCGCCGCCGCGCCCCCGCCCCCGCCCGCCGCGCACCCCGCCGCUGCCCUCACCCCUGCCCUCCGACGACUACUCCGGCCUUGACGCGCUCUGUCUGCAGAUGACCGAGCAGGCCAUCAACUAA